AUGGAUCCCAAUCAACAUAACCCUUGGUCUAAUUUUAUGCAAAAUAGUGGUAGCCCUCCUUCUAUUCCAAAUCAACAAAGUAAUCCAUAUUUUAGAAAUACACCUUUUAUCUCAAAUCCACACCAUAAUCCAAAAUUUCAAAACUCACCUUUUAUCCUAAAUCCACAAAAUAAUCCACACUUUGGAAAUUACUCAUAUAAGCCACCACCUUAUCCAUAUCAAUAUCAACAAUUUACAUCUCAAUCAACUAACCCCAUUAUGCCUCAUGGGGCUCAAAUAGGUAGUAGUGAUGCGCAACCAAAUGAUCAAGAAGAUGAAAUACCACUGUUUUGCACUCAAGGUAGCUUAGAAACAGUUAACCUUGGUGAAGAAGUUGCAUCCGUACGUGUUGUGAAUACGCAUAAACAAAGGUUCCAACAAAAAGAGGAUGAAAUUCUCAUUCAAUCAUGGCUCAACGUUUCAAAAGAUUCAAUUGUUGGGGUUGAUAAAAAAAGAGAUAGUUUUUGGAAGCGGAUCGGUGAAGCUUACAACAAGCAUCGUGACAUUAACUACAAAGAGAGGAAACCGACGCAACUAAAAUGUCGAUGGCAUAAAAUCAAUCCAUUUGUUCAAAAAUUUGUUGGAUGCUACAAACAAGCUGUGUCUACACAACAAAAUGGGAGUUCCGAGAGCAAUAUCAUGCAAGCUGCAUAUAAAAUCUAUUUCCAAGAUGAAGGUGAAAAGUUUACUUUUGAAGCUGCAUGGAGAUUAUUGAAAGAUGAACCUAAAUGGCUCGCAGGUUCAUUAGAAGCUUCUACAAAAAGAACAAAGAAUUCAACUUCAGGAGCAUAUUCUUCAUCUUCUAAUCCACAAAUGAGCAGCGAACACGAUCCAUCAUCACCUACUUUGUCUCGUCGUCCAAUCGGUCAAAAGGCAGCCAAAAGGAAGGAGAAAGAAAAGCUUAUGGAAAUGUCUUCUACUUCCAAUGUCAAAUAUGAUUCUUUGAAAGAUGACUUUAAAAAAAAUUUUGAUCUGAUGUCAAUGUUUGCACGGGACUAUGCACGCAUUGAGGGUGGAAAAGUUGAGAUAGAGAGAAAAAAGGUUGAUGCAAAGAUUAAGAAGGCUGGGAGUGUUGAGGAGAGAUUGAAGAUGAAUGAUCUGCAAAUACUCUCAAAAGAUACAUCAAAUAUGGAUACAAGACAACUACAAGCUCAUGAUAUGUUGUGCGACAUGAUUAGAGAAAAAUAUGGACUUAAUUUGUAUGAUUAUGUAUUUUAG